UUCGUCCAAUGUCCCGAAAAGCACUGAAAGUGUUGGUUGAAUUAAAGUUCAGAGCGGUUUCUUGUCCUGGAGUCCAUCUGCCAGCCAAGGAUGAUAUCUACCUUAGCUUGUGCUUCAUGGGCCAGUACUGUCAGUCCGAAUGUCUCCCUGCCGUCUUUCCUCUGCUGUUUCAUGAGAAGAUGACCUUUGAAAAGAUUUUCAGGCAUGCAGUUGACCCUGGAGACAUCGCUGUAAUGCUUGAAUAUGAGACGGUCACUAUUGAACUGGUGCAGCUGAUUCCUCCAGCAGCUCACACUCUGGCCUGCUUUGAAGAAGAUGCUCGACGUUUUUUAUUCCCAGAGCCCAAACUGGUUCCGUCCUCCUCCGGAGUGGAUCGAGAGGUUCUGAUGACCCGAGUACCUCACUUUCCAGGUAUCGCUCCAAGGUUGGAGUUUUCCACCAAAACGACCAUCAUUGAGUGCUCAGCUGAUGCAAAGAUCAACAUUUACCCCAAUGUAUCCAUGAGGACAGUGAUGAAGAAGAACAGGAAACACCCCAGCAGACCCAGGAGCUCCUCUCCACGCAGCAGUUCCAGGUCAGCGUCAUAUAUUCCCAGAGCCCAGUCCCUGUCCCCUCUGAGAGCUGGGGACACACGGCGCCUGGCCCGGCUCAUCCUGGACCAAGCAUCUCCUGGCCCAGCCAACUGGGACACAGCCAUCACCUCCCAGCCUACCCGGGCUUCUUGGCCUAGAGCCAGUCGAUCUGCCUCGCCCCAGAGCUCUGCAGUGUUUACCAACUCCUCUUCACCUUUGACCAGGUCUUCAUCUAAAGUGAGAUAUUCUCAAACUGGCAGACAGGAAUCUUCCUCCAAUGGUUUGGUUGGAGGGAUAUCAGAGGAUGACUCCAGCUCUUCAGAAACACCUUCAGGGCCAUGGCGCACUUACAGGGAACAGUCCAAGCAAAGCAGGUCUCAGUCCAGCUCUCACAGAGAAUGGGAAGAGGUCCAAGCCCGUGUUCAGGGACUCCUUACGACACCAAAAGCUGUACGCAGGCUUGCCUAUGGGGCCACGCCAUCCGAGGUAGAGGAGGUUUUAGCCAGGAGGUCCAUCUCUCCAGGUCCACCGUGA